AUGGACGGCCGCACGCUCGACGCGGCGAAUCUGCAUGCGAUGGAGCUCUGGAAGCACGAAUGGGAGCCGCUGGGCUCGUCGUACAACAUCAGCUACGGCGAGGGCCAGAAAUGGCAUUUUCUGGCCGGCCAUCGCACCGACGAGGCGACUCUCAUCAAGAUCUACGACUCGGCGGACGUGCCUGCGAAACACGGCCACAAUGACUUUCCCAUCUGGAUCCGUGCCUUCUGGGGCAACCACAUCUACCAGGGCAACUUCAGCGCCGACCAGGAGCUGUACGGGCAGGUCGACUUUGUCCGUCUGCAGCAGGGGGGAGUCACCGGCCAGUUCUGGAGUGUCUACGUGCCGUGUCCGUCCGACACGUCCAUGACCGACGAGUCGUACGGGGUCUCGGUGCGGGAUACCCUGCAACAGAUCGAUCUGGUCCAGCGCCUGGCGACAGCGUACCCAGGACAUAUACGGCCAGUACGGACAGCCGGCGAGAUGGCGACGGUGAUGCGCAAACACAGGACCGGCAUCGCCAGUCUGCUCGGCGUCGAGGGCCUCCACCAGAUCGGCAACAGCGCCAGUGUGCUGCGAGUAUACCACCAGCUGGGCGUGCGGUACAUCACCCUCACGCACAGCUGCCACAACCCGUACGCCGACAGCUGCGCGCCGUCGACGCCGCUGCACGGCGGCCUGUCGCCCGCCGGGGAGGCGAUGGUGCGCGAGAUGAACCGCGUCGGGAUGAUGGUCGAUCUGUCGCAUACCUCUGCCGCGACGCAGCGUGCCAGUCUGGCGCUCAGCAAGGCGCCGGUGCUCUUCUCGCAUUCCUCGGCGUACGCCCUCUGCGCGCACCGGCGCAACGUGCAGGACGACGUGCUCGAUCUGCUGCCGCGCAACGGGGGGCUCGUCAUGAUCAACUUCACGCCCGAGUUCUUGCGCCAGGACGAAGGAAACGCCUCUCUCGCCGACGUGGCGGACCAUAUCGUCUACGUCGGCGAGCGCAUCGGCUACGCCCACGUCGGCCUCGGCGCAGACUACGACGGCAUGGGCUUCGGACAGGCGCCGCGCGGGCUGGAGGACGUGGCCUCGUAUCCAGCCCUCAUGGCGGAGCUGCAGCGUCGGGGAGUCGCCAGGGAGGACAGGCUGGCUGUUGCCGGAGGGAAUGUCCUGCGUGUCUUGGGGGAGGUCGAGAGAGUGGCUGCCAGCAUGGCCGACGAGCCUUUGGAGGAUGAUGUCAAGUCUUUUUUUACUGAGCAUACAGUAGUGUAG